GUGUGUGUAGAAGCCUCAUGCUGAACCCCGGGGUCGUAUGAGGAGGGCGGGCAGCAGAGAGAUGCUGAACAGAGAACCCAGCCCCCCCCCUCCUUUUGUCCCUGAACCCCCGAAGGUGCGCGCUCAGACUCGGACCGACUCGUCUCGGAGCUACGACUCUCACUCCAGCAGCACCAUCAGCAGCGACGUAGUGGCUGUGAACAGACCGCUCCCCCCCCCUGUGGCCCUGAAGCCCCCCGUCCCCCGUCUGACUCAGACCUCAGAGAAGCCCAGCCCGGGGGAGGAGGACCCCGUCGGCAAGUCCUUCCUGGGCAAGAUUAAAGCCUUUGAGAAGAUGGACCAUCUGGCCCGGGCUCAGAGGAUGCUCGAGCUGCAGGAAGCCGAAAACGCUCGACUGGAAAUCGCCCAGAAGCAUCCGGACAUCUACGCCGUCCCGGUGAAACUGCCAAAACCCAACCACAACCGCCCGCAGCCAAUCGGCUCCAGCUCCAACGCAGAGCAGCAGCCCCCCCCCAGGUCGCAGCAUUACGAGGACGAGGAGGCAGAGUACCGCCGGCAGCUGGCCGACCAGAACAAGAGAGGCUACUACAACCCCAAGAGGUACAACGACACCGAGCUGUAGGCCCACAGGAAGUGACAUCAUCCCCGCAGGACCCCUCCCAUAUCUUCAUCACUACAAGCCGACAGCAGCGUGGCCUUGGUAACGGCUCAACCAGCUCUACCUCGAUGGAAAGUCUCUGAACUUCUUUCUACCUGGAGACAGAUUCCUGGACAUUUUAACACUAAUUCCAGGACAUUUUAAAAACACACAAUAUUCCUAUCAAGGUGCGUUUUUCAAAGUUUAACGUCCUACACAAAUAGGAGAUUUUCUGACGUUCCCUUUCAAAGAUAUCAUCUUUUUUUGAUGCGUCUGAAAGGAGUUUUCUUCCCCAAUACAUCGGGGCCCAGUCCCUCAUAUGUUACCAUUACAGAUUAGAGCAUCAGAGCUAAGCAUGUUCUUCUAAAAGUUAAAUACGCAGUGACUUUAUUGAAAAGGUUUUUAGAAAAUACACCUUUUUUGGCUUUUUUUUAAAGAUAUUUUCAUCUGUAAGAAUGAAUAACUUGCCCUCUGCACGACACAUAUGAUUUUUAACCUGAUUCAUACUCUGAUUGAAUCGAAAAAUAAUGCUGUUGAUUAAUUUUCUUUGUCUAAUCGCAAUAUUUUUCUGUCAUGCAUUUAAAAAAGUAAGAGUUUUGCCAACAUAAUCUUUUAAAAUUUUCAAAAAUAAAAGUUAAUGCGCACUUUCAAUUCAACCUCUUGUGGCCAAAAUGAGCAUAACAACCACAAAAACUUGAUAAUUUGACAACCCAUUUGUAACAUUACUUUAAAGGAACUUAAACAAAUUAUAUUACCAAAUAAUUUUGUACUUGUUCUUAUAUCAUAAACACACAGGAGAGAAAACUAUUGAAAUCAGACAAAAUUCUCUCUUGCCAUCAUCUCAAAUUAGCGAUUCUGGAAAUCCUUCAGAACUUCCAUUUGCAAAAAGUUUUUAAGUUUUUUUUUUUUAAGGAUUUUAAGACAAUACCAUUUUUAGGAACAAAUGUGUUUUCACUGGGAUGUCACAGCAACAUAGAAACUGGAGCUAACACCAAUAGAUAUGGUGCUGUAGACAAUGUACAGUGUGUAGACUUUGGUUCAUCCCAACAGUUUUGUGCUUUUAUCUGCCCAUGUCUAAACCUCCACUAUAGCUUCUUUCAGAACCAGAACAUUAUAUAAAUCACACAGUGUGUCAGUAUGGGUCGUUCACUCUGAUGUCAAGUAGGUGUUGGUCUUCUUCUCCUUUUCCCGACCGCUCUUUUCUGAUUUACUGUACGCCUCUACAUGUGUAUAUAUACUCUACACUGUGUUAUAUGCGUGCAUUCUGGGAAGCGGCAUAUUUUCAAGUGCCUUUUAGCUCUGGAUGGGGGAAACAUUACAUUAUCAAUGCAUUUCUGUAAUAUUUUGGCCAGUCAACACUGAAAAAUAGCAGAUAUACAUUUAAUAAUCUGGAAAAUGUAGCCGCUUGCGAUCCAAUUACAUGAUAACGUGUUUCGGAGAAUGCUCUGCACUUCCAUAGGAGCUGCAUUUAAACAUUUCUGUAUUCAAGUCAACACACGAUGUUACAGAAGUCACUGUUAAAAUAUAUCAAGACUGUGCGUAGUGUAAACAAAUGUAGUGGUAGAGUUGGAUUUAAUGGUGCAACAGAGCUGAAGCAGCUUGCUUCCAGAGACAAUAACAUUGUUAUUGCAUAUUUUAUGUUUUUAUAUUGAUAUACAGUCUUUGUACAUCUGGAAUAUGGUGACGACAAUCAUGUUGGUUGAUCUGAUUCUUUUUAAAUGUCUGUUAGUUUGUGAUUUCUCUUUAUUAGUUUGUGAUCUCCUUUAGUGUUACAGAACGUACUCUUGUGAAAUUCAAAUAAAUAAAUCAUGUUUUUACAUUCA